UUGUGAAAAGUUUCAUCUCACAAUUUAUUUUACAAUUUAAUAUAAAUUCAAUAAUUUCUCACGACCUUCAACUUCAAAUACCCCAACAAAACAUUAGAAUAAUUUCCAAUUAACGCAUUUCACCAGCUGUCAUCUUGCAAUUCAGUCACAAUGGCCUCACAUUCCACUUGGAACCCACUUCAACAGUUCAUUGACGAAAUUCAUCUCUUCAUUACCGGACAGCUGCCCGUCAAACCUUCCAAUUUAAUUAAACAAAACAAAGAUCAUCUGCACGAAAACGGCGAGUUCAGUUUCAGCAACAAACGAAAAGUCUGGUUGUCUCACAUGUCAUCGAGCAGACAGGAAGCUGCCGGCUUUUGUGUUGAUGUAAAUUGUAAACACAAUGAAACAUUGUUCAUCGAUGACACAAACGACGCAAACUCCAGCAAAGCCACCACUUCCACCUCCACCACCACCGACGACGACGACAAAAACGACGGCAAAACCGAUUGUGGCAAGCACGAUUCCCAUUCCCAUUACACCGUUACAAAGUUACUCAGUAGUAAUUCGUUUGCAUUGCACGUUGCAAGAGUCAAAAUUGUCGGUGACUGGUGCAACGUUUUCUUGGAUCGGCGAAAAUGUUACGCGGAAAUCUUUCGGAAAGUGUUAGAUAAUGAAAAGACGAAAGAAAAAGGUCAAGGAUGCAAAUCCAUCUUAAUAACGAGAGACGAUGACGGCAAGUCAAUUGAUGGCGCCCAAAGUGUAACGGAUUAUCGGCUCCAAUUACUCGAAAGUGUCAUUAAAAAUUUAAUUAAUCAGUCGGAUUACUGGGUGCUUGUGCAACAAAGUGACGAACAAAAAACGACAAAGCCGAUUCGGGUGCACUUGACGACGAAAUCUAGUGCAAUUGUCGCAAGUGACACGAGAAAAAUUGUCUCCGGCAUCGUGGUGGAUCCGAAAAAUGGAAAUAAACUUGCAGCGGUGACAACGGACGAUUAUGUGAAAAAACGCUCAACGGAUAUGCAGCUAAUGGCGCAACACAAAUACGGGUUGCGUGUACGAAAUGAGGCAGUUUUUGUAGCGUUGAUCAAACAAUUGGGUCUUGCGGCAGUGACUGUUGAUUUUAUGGAGGUGCGACAUUCGAGCCCCGUCGGAUUGAAUGUCAGCGGCUGUUCAACAAGUAAAGGAGCAUCCUUUAUUCUGUACAAUUCAGCACGAAUCGAAACAAUUUUGCGAAAAUUCCAUGAAAGAGUUGCAUGCGGUUACUACAACGCUCUACCGGAAUUGUCUGACAUCGACAUAUCGCAGCUAAGUGAGGAGGAAGAAUGGCAAAUGCUCAUCGUCUACGUGGCCGGAUAUGAAAAUUUAAUUGACAAAUCAUUGGCAGAUAUUGAAAAUGGAAGGAUUGCACCACAUUUGGUCUGCAACUUUUUGUGCGGUUUGGUUGGGUUGUUCAGCAUUUAUUAUCGUCGAUGCAGGAUUUUAGUCGAAAAUCGAUCACAACUCAUGCCACAACUUUUUGCUAGAAUUUAUCUGAUAAAAUGCAUUCAGAAAACCUUGAAUAAUGCAUUAGCACUGUUGAAUAUAGAUCCAGUAACGCAAAUGUAAAUAAAUGAGUUUUGACGGCGCGGCGGACGGUCUGCCACAAUUGUAAUGCAACCAGAUUUUCCGGAUUGUUUCAAUGUGAUUUUUUAUUUUGUAAUUUUUUUUUAUGAAUAAAAAUUGGAUUUUUUUAUUAUCAAAAA